AAGAAAGAGGAGAAUAUAGAGGAAACGGUGUGGGUGCAAGGUGCACGGUACAAAUCUGUGGCAUAGCCUGCGGUCAACAUGCAACUUCCUCUUUCUAGGUAAAUUCCCCUUGUACAAGGCGUCAAAUUACAGGCGUCCAAGAGCAGAAGUGAAAUACGUUUAUUUUAUGCAGUCAGCGUUUAAGUGCUGCUUUGUCGUCGUCAUGAUCUAGUCACUUCAGACAACUGAAGUUUAUUCAGCUGUGAAAACAUGCCAGUUGGAUACAAAGAAACACAACGGCUACAGAACAUGCAAAUAAUUAAGUAAAAAAUGGAAGGGUCGACUUGCCAGAUGCCUGGUCUGAUUGGAGAUGCUAGCCUCGAGUCGUGGGAGGUGAUUGGCAGUGGAGGGUUUGGACAGAUCCAUCGAGCCAAGCAUGUGCGCUGGGGGUGGGAUGUGGCCGUGAAGGUUCUCCAUUACAGUGAUGGGUCUGGCACCUCCCUCCUUACAGAAGCAGAUAUGAUGCGUCAGGGCAGCAACCCCUACGUGCUGAGGAUCCUGGGGGUGUACCAGGGCUGCCCCCCAGGCACAGGCCCCUCCACCCAGCUGGGCCUGGUCAUGGAGUUCAUGGAGCGGGGCUCCCUAGCCGGACUCCAAGAGGCCCUCUGCGGGCCCCCGCCCUGGCCGCUGGCCUUCCGGUUGGCCCACCAGGUGGCCCUGGGCAUGAACUUCCUCCACUGCAUGUGUCCACCACUGCUGCACCUGGACCUGAAGCCCAGCAACGUGCUGCUGGACAGCGACCUCAACGUCAGGCUCACAGAUUUCGGCUUGGCCAAGCUUGCCCUCACUGUGUCCAAGAGAAGCAGGGAGAUGGACGGUGAGACAGGAGGGACAAUCAGCUACAUGCCCCCCGAGGCCUUCAACCUGUCCUAUAAGCCCACCUGUGCCUCGGAUGUCUACAGCUAUGGGAUUCUCCUGUGGUCCAUCUUCACAGGGAGGGAGCCUUACCCACAUGCUCUGUCCACUCUGGUGCGGUUCCGGAUCCCACUUGGGGACCGUCCCGAUCUGCAGCCCCUGGUUCUGGAGGGUGUGGAGGGUCUGGCUGAGAUCGCUGAGCUGAUGGAAAAAUGCUGGAUGACAGACCUGGCCCAGAGACCUUCCUUUGAGAAAUGCCACCCAGUGACAAAAGGUCUGUUUGACCUGCACAGACGGGGGAUAAGUGAAGCAGUGUUUAACGUGCAGAAGAAACUGGAUUCUGACUCUGGUUCUGCGGCAUCUUUGAGGAAUUCACACUGUGAGACGACAAUGGCUUUCCCCCCUUCUCCUGUUCAUGCAUGUAUGCAGGGAGUAGUAUGCGGGGAGAAGGAACCUCACCAGGAAACUGGCAGUACCCAAAUCUCCCAGGUCAAACACAAGCCUGAAGAUUCUGUCAAGAGGCAUCCGCAUAAGCCAAUCACAGCUGUUCCUCAGCGUCAUAGAGCUUCCUCCUGGUUGACCUCAUCCAAUCACAAAUCAGAACACGCUGUCACUCCGACACCUCCGCCCCUUCACCCUUCCUAUCAACGCCAGUAUUCUACACCUGUUUCUACCCAAGGACACGUCAACAUGAAGAUGGUAGACCUCUCUUAUGUGCAGAUUGGCAACAACAAUCACAUGCACGUCAACAUGGCCCCCAAAAGGCAAAGGCACCGGAACCCCACAGCGCCCUCUAGAGUUAACCUGCCAGUAUCACGGGCAGACCCCUACAAACCAGAGGGUGCCAGUGGGUCACAGCCACAUCACAAGUAAAGGCUACGUUAUGCUUCUACGACUGCGUUACUAGGUGGCCACGCAGUCACUUCGAAGCAGUCGUGAACCUUUCGUAGUUCUCCGUCGGUUGGUGGGUGUUGGUUGGUGGGAAUCUUUGUAUUCUUUCAAGGAUGAGUUGUAGAGGUGCUCAUAUUUCCUUACUUCUUCUGCCAAACCUUCUUCUAUUGGGGUCCAUGGUGAAAAUGUGAUUGCCGAGCGCACUGCCAACACUGCUAACUUUUAAAUAUUUAAUUUUGUUGUGAGAUGAGGGAAUGAAACCGGAAAAGUGAGAUUCCGGAAAUGAUGUAGUUAGCCCUGCGGUGUCCGUGCUGUCUGUCGUCUCGACGGAUAGUUAAAAAAUUUGGGAGGUGCAAGUCAGGCCACGUAGAGGUGCUCGGAGGGUGUUUGACACAACGCAGAGGGCUCUGCGUGUCUGCGUAUAAGGUUGACCAUAAAUUAGGCUUUAAGCCUGAAGGCUUUGAUGACCGGGUGGAAAAUAGACUGAAAUGUCAGUUGCUAUCCUCUUUUUUUUUCUUUCUAUCAUGUUCUCAACUUCUUAGCAGAUCUAUCAUAAUUUCACAAUCACUGUGAACACUUCAAUCUUUGUGAAAAUACCUUUCUCAAUUUUGUGAUAAUGAUUUGUCUGAAAUUGUGGUGCUUCUUGGACCUGUGACAAGUUCAGUGUUGUUAUGUCUUGCUCCUUUCUCACAUACAUAAAAAACUGUAUAGUUUUUGUAAAUUUUUCAUGAAACAUGAAAAAAAUAAAGAAACUCAUUAAGAA